AAGAACAAUCUUUUGAAAAAUCAUUUGAACUCAUUGAACCUAAACCAUUAGAUGUGCAGUUAAAAAACAAUGAAUUUUCUACAACGGAGGAGUCUUUGGUAAAGAAUGAAGGCGACAAUACUUAUGAUUUUAGCAGAAAAAACGACCAAUUGAGUAUCAAAAUUGAAAAAGAUUGCUUCGAUGAUUGUGUUUUCGAAUCAGAAAUAGAAAUUACUAGGCAUGAACUGUGUUAUGCUGAAGAAGAGCAAACAACGUCGUUUGACUGCAAUUACUGUCAGAAAUCUUUUAAGACAAAACGGCGAAUUAAAAACCACAUUUUAAGUAUUCAUUAUCCGUGUAACAAGAUCGGCACUUCAAAUUGUACAAACUCUAUGGAUUACUAUACUCGAAACAAAGAUGACUUAAAUAAUUGUGGUAUUUGUUUAACAAGUUGUUCAUCAAUAUCGAGCCUGAGAAGACAUUGGCGCAUUCAUACGGACGAAAAGCCUUUUAAAUGCGGUAUCUGUGAAAAAACAUUUCGACAAUCUUCACUCAAGAAUCAUAAAAUGAUACACGACGGUGAAAAACCCUUCAAAUGCGAUGUCUGUGAAAAACAGUUUCGUCGACAACAUCAUCUUAAGACUCACGAGAGAAUGCAUACCGGCGAAAAACCGUAUAAAUGCAAUGUCUGUAAAAAAACAUUUAGUCACCAGACUUCGCUCAAAAGCCACGAAAGGACACAUGCCGGCGACAGGCCCUUUAAAUGCAACGCCUGUGAAAAAACAUUUUGUCACCAGUCUUCCCUCAUAAUUCAUAGAACGAUACAUGCCGGCGACAGGCCCUUUAAAUGCGAUGUCUGUGAAAAAACAUUCAGAACACGACCUCACCUCAACAACCAUAAAAGGAUACACACCGGCGAGAAACUGUUUAGAUGCUUCGUGUGUAAAAGAACAUUCAGACAGCAAUCUGCUCUCGCGAUACAUUCAAGUGUACAUACCGGCGAGAAACCGUUUAAAUGCGAUAUGUGUGAAAAAACAUUUAGACAAAAAUCUAUUCUCGCGAAACACUCACUCAUACAUACCGGCGAGAAACCGUUUAAAUGCGGUGUCUGUGAAAAAGCCUUCAGUCUACAAUAUAAUCUCGCGGAUCAUGCACGUAGACAUACCGGCGAGAAACCGUUCAACUGCGACGUCUGUGGAAAAAACUUCAGUGUCCAUUUUGAUUUGAAGAGACAUUCGCGUGUACAUACCGGUGAGAAACCAUUUAAAUGCGGUGUCUGUGAAAAAUGCUUCGGCAGACAAUCUCACCUCAAAUCUCACGAACGCAUACAUACUGGUGGGGUGCGAUACAAAUGCUCCAUCUGUGAAAAAUCGUAUGGUCGCCAAGGUACUCUCAAAGGUCAUCAAGCAAAAGCACACGGCUCAUAGACUCGUCACCCUCACCACGUGACUAGGCAUUUGGCAGAUUUUAAAUAUUUGUUCAGGAUCUAUUUGUUAUUAUUUUGCAAUUUUUUUUUUUACUUACGAUUUAAUUUUUUUGUUUUUUGUUUUCUCUUGUAUCUUUUUUAUCGUUACUAUCGUUUAACUGACCGUUACUAUAACUAUGACAUUUUCCAUUUCAUUUUUCGACGGAUCACUUGAACUGUUUAGUUUUUAUACUUUUACAUGCAUUAUUGUAAAAAAAAAAUUGUUCAUAUUUUUAUUUUUUAUUAUACAAUGUUAGUAGUUUUUUUUAUAAUUACUGUUGGCUUUAAGGA